CACUCCGCACCUAAAGAGUUGCGAAACAGCAUUCGCCGAAGCUUGCGACAUAAGGGGGGUAUAGUUUUCAUUAGCGGUUGGUGAGCGGUGUUAGUCUGAAGGUUUCAAUACAUUGUGAACAAGGGCAUGGUAUUCUGGAUACGUUUUUACUUCACAUUGGUGGUAUCUGUGUUUAGCUUCAACAAUGGAGUCAGCGGGGACAUUGACCGAACAUUGACAGCUACCAAGGAAGAGCUAUAUCUGACGUCACCGGGUUACCCACUGGGGUACCCGAACAACUUACAAAGUAAAUGGGAAAUUGUCGGGCCCGAGUUCAGCAAGAUAAAGGUGACGGUCCUGAGCACUGACAUCGACCGGCAGGACGGCUGUGAAGGAGACUACGUCGAGGUGCUUGAUGGAAGCACGACCAACUGGGGCGUGGCGUCUCUUGGGAGUUUCUGCUUCAAUACACCUUCAUUCACAAGCAGCGGCCCCAUCAUCACAAUCAGGUUUACAACUGAUGGAUCAGGAACCAGUAAGGGCUUCCGGCUGAAGUACCACUAUGAAGAAACAGACACGGAUACCUCGUUAAUUCACGGUAUUUUGAUAAUGGUGGGUGUGGUCGUAUUCUUUAUUGUUCUUUACACCACUGCCACGAGAUGUUCUAAGAAGAACUCUGAGAGGAGAAAUCCACUUGAAAACCUGCAUCAAAAUCAGCACACAGAGCAAGGGUCUCCGAACAGUUACGGUACAGAGUUAUCUGCCCCUCCUCCGACAUACAACGAAGUCGUUAAUAGCGGCAACAUCAAUAAUAAUAAUUAUAAUAAAGACAAUCUGGAUGAUACUUCCCCGCCACCGUAUUCAUCAUUACGCAUAUCAGACACGACUGUGGACAUGCAGCUGAAUGAAAGGGAUAAUACUCAGAGUUCUAGUCCUACCGGAAGUGUCUGUUGAUCGUUAUGCAUACUACCAAUCACCGGUUUGUUUGUGACGACACCGAUUGCUCACAGGCCUCCUCUAAUUGGCUAAGUGCUAAUAGGGGCGGCGUGCAAUAUUCAGGUGAUGUUUUAAUAAUUUAUUGAAAUAUAUCCUCACAAAGUUUGUGAGUGAAUGAAUGAAUGAAUGAAUGAAUGAAUGAAUGAAUGAAUGAAUGAAUGAAUGAAUGAAUGAAUGAAUGAAUGAAUGAAUGAGCGAACGAGUUAAUCCAGUUUGUAUGCUAGACUGCAAUCACGUGGUACUUUGAUCUUUUAUCAUUAACAAAUGCAUUUACUAUCAUAUAUUUAUAUUUUUUAUAUUGACAAUUGUUGAUUCAUGUAGAUUAAAUAAUAUUUCUGU